ACAGUUGUUUGGUUUAGUUGAAAAUGAAAGCAAUUGGUACUUUGAUACAGCGAAGAGAUGGCCGGCACUUGGUAGAGGUUAUAAUACUGGAGUAAUGUUGCUGGAUUUAAAUAAAAUACGUAAUAAAAUCAACUGGACGAAAGUAUGGCAUAGUGCGGUUAAUGAGAAUAUAGAACUAUUGAAACAGACAACUUUAGCGGACCAAGAUGUAAUAAAUGCGAUUAUUAAAAAGGAUCCAAUACUCGUUUAUAAUAUUAGCUGUCAAUAUAAUGUUCAAAUGUCAACGAAGACUUUAGCUAAAGGCUGUUACGGUGAAGAUAGAAAUAAUAUCAAGAUAAUCCAUUGGAAUUCUCCGAGUAAAUACAACAUCAGGAUACGAGAUGCGGACUAUUUUAAAAAUAUUCACUUAUCAUAUGUUAAUUUUGAUGGUAACUUGCUAAGACAGAAACUACAUACAUGCUCGCAAACUGAACCUGUUACAUAUAAGAUAAAUUAUUCAGAUCUAUGCAGCAGCUUCCGCGCUGCGCAACGAGUUAA